AUGCAGAGCUUUCUUCGCAAACUAGUCACACACCAUCAUCAUCGUCACCAACCCAAUCUUUCUCAACGUAUCUUCAACACUCAUUCUCACAUCCCCUUAUCCUCUAUCCCCAAACUAGAGUUAGGGCAUUACAACAUUUCUCCCUCUUUUCUCACUCACCCACUUCGUCGUCAUUUUCAGUCAUGGCCCUCCCAUCACAACCUUUCGACCAAAAUUCGCGGGUUUCUCUCCCAACCAAUGAUCGUGCAGCAGCAGUUCGCGUUGAACUCGCGCAAUGCUCUCCAGAGGAUCUCCGCCAGAAGCCUUCUAGAUUGCAGGCCCAGCCUUCCCAUAGUUCAUUUUUCUCGCCUGAGCUUCAUUUUCUACCAAAAUUAUGAUUUUUACCGGCGGCGUGGUUGGAGAUCAUGGUUCCAGAGGCUAACACCUUCUGACAUGGUUUCGGGCUUGAUUGUAGCUAACAUUGCUGUUUAUAUAUUAUGGAAGAUAGCAGAUGAAGAGUUUAUGAUAAAAAACUUUACUGUCUCUUUCGACAAUUUUAAGAGUGGACGUUUGCAUACUUUGAUUACCAGUUCUUUCAGUCACAUAGAUUUCCCGCAUCUAUUUUUCAACAUGCUUGGGCUCUACUUCUUUGGAAUGAAUAUUGGAAGAAAUUUUGGACCUGAAUUUCUGCUGAAGCUGUAUCUUGCUGGGGCAGUGGGUGGUUCUGUUUUUUACUUUGUGCAUCAAGCCUAUGAGGCACAAACAUCAAAGGGCUGGAGAUUCAUGAACCCGUUGAUGGGGGCAAGUGGAGCUUUGAAUGCAGUUAUGCUGCUUGACAUAUUCCUCUUUCCAAAAGCAACCCUUUACUUGGAAUUUUUUUUACCUAUUCCUGCAAUCUUGUUUGGCAUCUUCUUGAUUUGGAAAGAUAUGCUGAGGAUGAAAACGGGAGACACUAGAAUAUCAGGAUCUGCACAUUUAGGGGGUGCGGCAGUUGCAGCCAUAGCUUGGGCACGAGUUCGGAAAGGAAGAUUCUAAAUCCUUUUUCAUACCUCUGCAAAACGGAAUUUUUAUUUGCUUAUUACUAUUGAAUGAGUCGUUGAUGUUAUCUAUUGUUGUGAAGUUAUUGGGUUAAAUUUGAAUUGCUAACAGUACUAGGCUGCUUUACAAGCACAUAUUAGUUACAAAAAUUUAGUGUUUGUUUUUUAGGUUU